AUGGAAAUGGAUCAAACUCUUGGUUGUUUGCAGAAGGUGCACUUUUCUGAUCUCCCAACGCAGGGAGUGGAAUCUAAGGAGUUCGAAUGGGAGGAAGAGCUGGCACAUGCUUUGAUAAGUGCCCGGGAACUGUGUAUAGCGAAUCGCGGACGCGCCCCUUGGGGCUGCAAAUGGUUCGAAGAGUGGAGGCGGAACCUUGAUCUUGCCGUCAUGCACAAACAACGACUUCACGUGUUCUAUUUUGAAAACAACGUCGCCUUCUCAGUUUGCUUUGCGCAUGUUGGGCAAGGCAAGGUGCUCUGGGAUCAGCUUUGUAGCGAUAAUGCGAGGUCUCAGGCACGACGAAUGAGUGGUCUUGGGGCCUCGCAGACUGCUGAAGUUGCCUACUUGGACAAGCUUGGCUUGAAGUACUGCGAGCAUGACAUCAAGGAUUUCGAGGCUUUCGUGACUGGCUUCGGGCUAACGUCAAAGCGCAUAGCCUUCCCAGGGAAAAUUAAUAUGAGCGCAUCGAGUUGCAUUGUGUCCUUCCCCGGGAAAUAUGCCCAGGAGUGGGACCGCGCAGUCUCCGUCGCCACCGAUCGUGUCUGCUCAUUGGCAUGUGUGUUUUUGACUGACAAGGCUUCCGGGCUUGGGAAGCAUGCCUUCACAAAUCCUGAUGCGCCAAAUCAGUGUUGGUGUCACAUGCUCUAUGGCCACUUGCCCGCGGACACUUAUCUGAAUGUCGUUGACAACACCACCCGUCAGUUGUCGGACGAGGAACUGGCAUUCAAGUCGGAGGAUGCCGAAGCAAUGGGCCAGCAGCUGCUAAUCAGACGAGAUCAACGAGAAAGUGUAUGGCAGCUGGAGCACCAGCAGGCUUUGCUGGAGGCGCACGAGUGCUGCAAACAAAAUUCAGGACGCGCUCCCUGGGGCUGCCAGUGGUUCGAAGACUGGAGGAGGAACGUUCAGAAUGCCGCGAAGCAAAAUCAAACUCUGCAUGUGUUCUUCUUCGAGGACAUGGUUGGAAAGGGCAAGAUGAAGUGGGACCAGCUUCGCAACGAUGACGCCAGAGCCGCCGCCAGAAAGAGCAGCGGCUUGGGAGUUUCACAAACUGCAGAAGUGGCCUACUUGGACAUGCUGGGCUUAACAUACCAUGAGCAUGACAUCAGGGAGUUCGAGGCGUUCGUCAACCCUGGAUGUCGUAAUCUUUGCAGACGACUCUGCCCUCGUUUCUGA